AUGGAGCCUGCUCCGGUCCACCCGGCUUGGGAGCCGCAAUCCUUGGUUCGGUGUCUUUACGCUGGUCGUGUGCCAAAGGUGGUUGUGCUUUGCCUGAUGCUUCUCCUCGCCAACGAGAAGAUGGACUGGACACGUGCCUUCUGGCUGGAGAACCCAUGGAGUACUGUACAUGUGGAGACGGUUUGGAAUUUCGCCGAGUUCUUCGCUGGGGAUGCAAACCUUUCCAAUGCCCUGCGGAACAUGAAUCUGCCUGGGGCUUCCUUCGAUCAGAAGUACCCAAGCUCCGGGAUGGACUUCCGCACGGCAAGUGGGCUGGCUUUGUCGGCCAUCCUUCGCCUUAAACCAGCAAGCCUAGUCUUCCUGGCCCCAGUGUGCAGCACCAUGGGGACGUUGGUUGCGAAUCAUACUGGUCGGAGUUUCGUGUUACCAAUUGGCGACACAAGACGAGAGGAUGACUACGCUUUUGUGCUGGGUCCUCUCGGCUCUUGGACAUCGGCUCUUCCUCCUGAUGCUUCAAUGGAACUGCUUCUCGGGGCCUUGAAGUACUAUGAAGAUCACGCAUCCAAGUACUGGAUGGAGGAUGCAGCGAUGGAUGAGGACGAGACAUGUGAAAGCAAUGACCCCGAUCGGUUCUUGGGUCUAUCGCCCGAGACGGCUGAGCUGUGGAAGACUUUGGGUGACACGCCCGAUUCCAAAGCUCUCAAGGAAGAGUACCUCCGCACGAAGGGGAUUUUCGAGUGGGAGCUGCGGUGGAAGCACUACAUCCGAGACGACACAGGUUCUCCCCGGAUGAAACAAGAACAGGCUGCCUUGGAGAAGUACAUGAACGAGCAGAUGAGCAAGCUACGAGGGCAAAUGCAACAGGAGCUAGUGCAGCAUCAGCAGGCCCUUGACGAAGCCAGGAAGCAGCAUGAGGCGGCACUGCAGGCAGAGCAGGAGAGGCAGGAGCAGCUUAUGAUGCAGCGCCAGGCCGAGCACGAGGCAACCUUACAGGAGGAGCGGGAGCAGCACGAGCACAACCUUUGCUUGCUCAUCGAGCAAGCCUCUUCUGCCCAAGCAGAGGCCGUACGAUCUAUGCAGACAGCACCCAAGCCUGCAAAGGCUGACACUGCUCCCAAGCCGGAUGCAAACCGCGCAGAUGCUCAUGAUGCUAAAGCUAAGCUGCGGGCAAAGAUGGCCAUUGCUGUUGCAACAACCCCGCAAGCUGCCCCAGCAGCCCAGCUUGCUUUGGCCGUUCCGGCCCUCCGCAAGGGAUUGGUUCUGGCCAAGCUGAACUGCCUCAUCACCUUCCGCACCAAGACCGUGAAGUGGCGAAAGAACCUCCAAGGCUACUCUUGGAAAACCGAAGCCGAGAUGCGGAAGCCGCCUCUCGAGUGGGAGGAGUCGAGGAUUCAGGGUGCCAUCAAGCACUGUGAGAAGAAGAAAGACUUGUAUGACCCCAACAUCCGCAAGUACCUUGUUUUGGUGCGGGAUGAUGUUGAAUCCGCAGAAGAGAAGCUGCAAGAGCUGCAGCAAGAGAUGGCGCAAAUGGGCCUCUUGUCCAGUGACUUCGAGCUCGGAGACAUCAUGGAGGAAUUGGAUGGGGAGACCACCACAGACAACUCCAAGCCACAGCCAGGUGGCAAGAAGCGCUUGGCCGAGUACCCCACGGUGGAGGGCGAGGAAUCUAUUCAGGAAUACCUUGGACAAUACCGACGUGCAGUCCUUACCCGCAAAGCUCUGCUGAAGGGUGCUCGUGAGCGGCUCGAGAAGGAGGGAUCAAAGGGCCACGAGACUCACUUUGCCAAGACGGCCGCGAAGACCAAGGCCGCUCCAAAAAAAACGCCGGCUCCUCCGGAUUCGGAGGGAGCCAAGUGA